CCGACCCCAAAGCAAUGAAUGAGGGAAAGCCUCACUGCACUUUGUAAUUGCAAUAUUUACUGCAAUUUCCCUCUUCCUGCAUUACUUCUUGUUGGGAUUUUUCCUACAAUUAAUACAUUUCCUGGCCUCAAUUACACCUUCUUCUACCCAAUACUUCAAUUCAAUUCAAUUCCAUCUCUCUCUCUCUACCUAAAACCUCCGUCUCUCACCCACAAUUAAAUUAAGCUUUAAAGAUAACCCUUCGCUCUCCCUUCGCCUCCCUUAUAUAUAUUGGGUCUUGGAGUUCCAUAUUGACCAGCAGAAAAACCAGGUUGAUUGGUGCCGGAGCUGGUCACGGUUCCUAUCUAGCCUCCCUUCAGCCCUUCCUCUCUCUCCUAUUCCUAUCCCUAUCACUCUAUACUCAGCCUCAGCUGUAAUUGGCCGAGCCCUUAGGAUUGGCACAAUAGUUCCAUUAGUUCUUCAACCUUAAGGCAGGGUGAGGCAUAUUUUCAGAAAGUAGACGCAGAAAGAUGAGUCGCAGAAGUGGAAGCGGUCCAAAGCUGGAAUUGAAGCUGAACCUGUCACCACCUAGACCCAACCCACGAGUGGAGUCGCCGAGCCGCUCGGCCACGGUGUCGCCGACAUCCCCACCAAGCUCGUGCGUGUCAUCAGAGCUCAACCAGGACGAGUCUCUCCGAUACCCCAACAGCCCUGAGGCGACGUCCAUGGUGCUAGUGGGUUGUCCACGAUGCCUCAUGUACGUGAUGCUGUCGGAGGACGAUCCCAAAUGCCCCAAGUGCAAGAGCACCGUUUUGCUGGACUUUCUUCAGGACACCAGCAGCUCCAACAUGAAGACAGGGAAGAGUUAAAAGGGCUACGGCCUCUCUAAAUUCCCAUAAAAGGGACUAGGACUUCUAGUUUAGCCUUCUCUAGUCUAAGGUCUUUUGUUUUCGACUCUCUUUUUGUCUUUGAGAAGGCAGCGCUAUCUGCGCUCCAUUUUUAGCUCCAUCCCAUACCAAUAUUUGAGGAAGAUUAUUCCUAAUCCUGGUAUUAUAAAAAAGGUGGGAUCUGGAGACCCUCCUUAUAAAAGUGGAGCGCGAAUAUCACUACCUUUUUUUCAUUAUUUUCUUAUCUUAAUUCUAGAGAAUAGGAACAUGGGCAAUCAGGGGCCUACGUCUUAGUGCUACGAGUGAGUGUCUCCGUUUCAACUUUCUUUUUGGGUUCAGCAGAAGACGAUGUAAACGAGUUUAGCUUUAGCUGCCCAAAUUUUUCUUUAUCAAAAUGUUAGGUAAUAUUUAUCUUUCUCC